AAGAGAAUGGUUCUGAGAAACAGCUCCUCGGUGACCGAAUUUAUCUUUGGGGGAUUCUCAGAACAAUCGGAGGUCCAUGUCCCCCUCUUCUUCCUGUUCUUAGGGCUCUAUGUGCUUACUGUGGUGGGCAACUUGGGCUUGAUCACCUUAAUUGGUCUGAAUUCUCGCCUUCACACUCCCAUGUAUUUUUUCCUCUUCAACUUGUCUUCGAUAGAUCUCUGUUAUUCUUGUGUCUUUACUCCCAAAAUGCUGCACGACUUUGUGUCAGAAAAUAUCAUCUCUUACGCAGGAUGCAUGACUCAACUGUUUUUCUUCUGCUUCUUGGUCAAUUCUGAGUGCUACGUGCUGGUAUCCAUGGCCUACGAUCGCUAUGCGGCUAUCUGCAAUCCUCUGCUGUACACGGUCACCAUGUCCCCCCAGGUCUGUGCUGUGCUGAUGUUGGGUUCGUAUGCGGUAGGGUUGGCUGGGGCCAUGGCCCAUACCGGAAACAUGCUGAGACUGACCUUCUGUGGUCCCAACAUCAUCGACCAUUAUCUGUGUGAAGUUCUCCCCCUCUUGCAGCUCUCCUGCACCAACACCCAUGUCAACGAGCUGGUGUUUUCUAUUGUUGUUGGAAUUGUCAUUGCAACAUCCAGUAUCAGCAUCUUCGUCUCUUACGCUUUGAUUCUCUCCAGUAUCCUCCGCAUUCCUUCUGCUGAGGGAAGGUCCAAAGCCUUUGGCACAUGUGGCUCCCACAUCACCGCCGUGGCUCUGUUUUUCGGGUCAGGGGCCUUCACCUACUUAACAACCUCUUUUCCGGGAUCUGUGGGCCGGAGUAAAUAUGCUUCGGUCUUCUACACCAACGUCGUGCCCAUGCUUAACCCUUUGAUCUACAGUUUGAGGAAUAAGGAUGUUAAACUUGCCCUGGGCAAAACCCUGAAAAGAGUGCUUUUCUGA